CUCCAGUCCCAGAGCGCGGCGGGGAGGAAGGAAGCGGCGGCGGCGGUGGCCGAGGCGGGGAGGCGGCUGGGCCGGGGCCUGAGCUGCCUUGGCGGCGGCUCCUCGUCGUCCAGCAUGCUCUGCCCACCCCAUGCCGAGGUGCACUGACCAUGAGCCUCAACUCCUCCCUCGGCUGCAGGAAGGAGCUGAGUAACCUCACUGAGGAGGAGGGCGGCGAAGGGGGCGUCAUCAUCACUCAGUUCAUCGCCAUCAUUGUCAUCACCAUUUUUGUCUGCCUGGGAAACCUUGUCAUCGUGGUCACCUUGUACAAGAAGUCGUACCUCCUCACCCUCAGCAACAAGUUCGUCUUCAGCCUGACCCUGUCCAACUUCCUGCUGUCCGUGUUGGUGCUGCCUUUUGUGGUGACGAGCUCCAUCCGCAGGGAAUGGAUCUUUGGUGUAGUAUGGUGCAACUUCUCUGCCCUCCUCUACCUGCUGAUCAGCUCGGCCAGCAUGCUAACCCUUGGGGUCAUUGCCAUCGACCGCUACUAUGCUGUCCUGUACCCCAUGGUGUACCCCAUGAAGAUCACAGGGAACCGGGCUGUGAUGGCACUUGUCUACAUCUGGCUUCACUCGCUCAUUGGCUGCCUGCCACCCCUGUUUGGUUGGUCAUCGGUGGAGUUUGACGAGUUCAAAUGGAUGUGUGUGGCUGCUUGGCACCGGGAGCCUGGCUACACGGCCUUCUGGCAGAUCUGGUGUGCCCUCUUCCCCUUUCUGGUCAUGCUUGUGUGCUAUGGCUUCAUCUUCCGUGUGGCCAGGGUCAAGGCACGCAAGGUGCACUGUGGCACAGUCGUCAUCGUGGAGGAGGAUGCUCAGAGGACCGGGAGGAAGAACUCCAGCACCUCCACCUCCUCUUCAGGCAGCAGAAGGAAUGCCUUUCAGGGUGUGGUCUACUCAGCCAACCAGUGCAAAGCCCUCAUCACCAUCCUGGUGGUCCUUGGUGCCUUCAUGGUCACCUGGGGCCCCUAUAUGGUUGUCAUCGCCUCUGAGGCCCUCUGGGGGAAGAGCUCCGUCUCCCCGAGCCUGGAGACUUGGGCCACAUGGCUGUCCUUUGCCAGUGCUGUCUGCCACCCCCUGAUCUAUGGACUCUGGAACAAGACAGUUCGCAAAGAACUACUGGGCAUGUGCUUUGGGGACCGGUAUUAUCGGGAACCAUUUGUGCAACGGCAGAGGACUUCCAGGCUCUUCAGCAUUUCCAACAGGAUCACAGACCUGGGCCUGUCCCCACACCUUACGGUGCUCAUGGCAGGCGGACAACCCCUGGGGCACAGCAGCAGCACGGGGGACACUGGCUUCAGCUGCUCCCAGGACUCAGGGACAGAUAUGAUGCUGCUUGAGGACUACACGUCUGAUGACAACCCUCCCUCUCACUGCACUUGCCCACCCAAGAGAAGGAGCUCGGUGACAUUUGAGGAUGAAGUGGAACAAAUCAAAGAAGCUGCCAAGAACUCGAUCCUUCAUGUGAAAGCUGAAGUACACAAGUCCUUGGACAGUUAUGCAGCAAGCUUGGCCAAAGCCAUUGAGGCCGAAGCCAAAAUCAACUUAUUUGGGGAGGAGGCUUUGCCAGGGGUCUUGCUCACAGCACGGACUGCCCCGGGGGCCAGCUUUGGGGGCCGCCGAGGCAGCAGAACUCUUGUGAGCCAGAGGCUGCAGUUGCAGAGCAUCGAAGAAGGAGAUGUUUUAGCUGCCGAGCAGAGAUGAGGGCCUCAGGGUGCCCUGGGGCUGCAGCCCGAGAA